AUGGCUGCUUUGAUUCCUGAGAAGGUUCAUUUUGAACCAGGUGACGAGGCUAAACGAGUCUCGAAGGAGUUGAGCAGAGAACCGUGGGCAAAAGAUGAUUCAGGUGAAGCAACCGACGAGGAGCCUGAAGAGGAUGAGAAGAAGAGGAAAAAAACGAAAAAGAAGAAGGCCAAAGCUCCCGCUAAAUCCAAGGCUUCAAAGGCUAAGGCCCAGCAGGACCAAAAGACCAAGAAAAAGGAUAAGCAAGCUUCGAAAAAAAAGGAGAACAGCUCGAGCCAAGAACAGGGCGAGGAAACCGAGGCCAUGCAGCGCAUGAAGAGGACGAUGACGGCGGAUUGUGCAUAUGUGCCUGGAUCCUAUAAAGAAGCUCGUUUGAGGUACAUUGCAAAGAAGCGCGAGCGGGGCUUCUCGUGGAAGGAAGCUUGUGAAAAAUGGAACCAGAGCUCUGCGAGGGCUUCGUGGCUCGAGGGCUUGUCGGUGAACGAGCUGAAGCGACGACGGUUCAUUUAG